AUGGUUCUCGAUGAGGUUAAGUCGCCAUCGGGAUCUGAGAGUGGGUGUGAUCUCGCAACUCCGAAAUGUCGUCGGUGCCUCAAAGCAGGAAUCUCUUGUCGUGGAUAUGAGCGGUCAACACUCUGGGUUCACCGGACUCAAGCUCAACCCAAUGUCUCUGCACUAUCUGCUGUGAAGGAUGCAAGACUAGAAGAGCGUCUGCGAGAGACGCCAGAGCUAGUCGACUGGCUACAUACUCUAGAGCAAAUGCGGGAUCAGCUCUAUUCGUCCAAGUCAUCGUAUCAAGUAGUAACGUUUCGAUUACAAGCACUUUCCAUCGCCGACAGUAUUUACUAUCCACUGCCCAGAGUUAGCGAAAGCUGCCAAGACUCAACUUCAACUCCUUCGUCUUGGUUCAAAGCGGUAUGCCAUAUGCAGAAUCCUAAUCAAGCGUUGGACCACUCCCUCUUGGCGUUUUGUGCCAUUCAAAUUCGUGUAUCCAGACAAUCAGGCAUUUCAUAUGACGAGACAGUCCAACUUUACAACCAUGCUCUGUCCAAGAUCAUUGGUAUCCUAGAUAGUCCGUCAGAUGGGAGCAGUGACGAGAGUCUUGCUGCCAUUGUUAUUCUGUCUACUUGUGAGCUAUUUCUUUUUCAUACAAGUUCGAGCUGGAAUGCACACGCGCAGGGCAUUUCUGAAAUGCUCCGCAAUCGUGCCGUCUCGGGAAACACUACACAGAGCUGGAGUGACCUUUGCCGUCGUCUGUGUGUAAUAUGUGUCAUCCAAGCAAUGGUACAGAAGCGCCCUCUUAUACUCGAGCCUCACGUAUGGCGACAACAAAUCAGGCCACCCUCCAACCCUAGCUCAUUCGGUGGAUUAUUAGACCUUGCUAUAGACAUACCUUCGAUUAUAUCCAAUGCCUAUGAGCUCCUGCAAUCCAAUAGUAGCUCCAUGAGGGUUCUCUCAUAUGUCGAACCACUUGUCCAGAAGUUCCGAGAACUCGAUCAUUGGCGAAACAGUUAUAGUAAAGAGAUAUGGAGUCAAAGCGAAGCGCUCGUCUACUGGUCUGUUCCUGCCCAAGCCUGCAACCCGGCCGACAAAGACCACGAAGAGAAACUGUUCCCAUUUGCCCUCAUCUUCUCAUCUAUUGCAAGCGCCAGUGCUUGGAUAUUUGCCUCCAGUAUCAUGCUUGAUAUACUCGACACCAUCCUGCUUCUGCAUUCGAGAAACCACAAUGACAGCACGGUGCUGCAAUAUGAGAAUGAGACGCUCAACAGUGGCAUAACACCCAGUAUUCUGGAUGCCCUCCUCAAGGAUGCAAACAGACUUAGUCGGCUACUAUGUCAAAGCAUUGAGUUUUGCUAUCGCAUUGAGAAUGGUACUUUCGGGCCUCAGAUAACAUGCUAUGCUCAAGCGACACUGUUAAGCUAUUUUGCACAUCAUGGGCACAGGCGUGAGUUGGAUUGGUGUAAAGCUAUUCCUCAGAUGACUGGCCCUGGGACAAGUUUUGGGAUCAACUUGAUGCAGUUUAGACCAACGCUGGAUCUAUGA